GACAACUUAGCAACUUGGGUGCCAUAAACUUUUAGAGGAAGUAAAGUCGACGAUAGCGAGUGCCAUUCUUUGGUGCCUAAGAUCACACUGGUGUUUUAUGGCUCCUAGCGGUUUGAUCUCUCGGCUCUUCUGAGCCCCGCCCGGAAGUGGAGCUGCUUUCUGUGAGGCGUGUGGCGCGUGGCGUGCGUGUGCAUGUGCGACCGGCAGAGGGCGCUCGGCUCCCAUGGUCCAGCUCGGCGUGCACCCGCCUGUUCUCCCGCCCUCCCUCCUCCCCAGCGCCCUCCCGCCUGCCCGCGUGGCUGUUACCGGGUGAACGCGUGAGCUCCUGAGCUUUUAAAAGAGUCCUCCUCCCCUUGUUCUUGGCGCAGACGUUCCACUUUGGGGCGUCUGUGUCCGAGGGCAAGCAGGUGGGUCCUCCGGACCCAGGAAAGGAGAAGGGGGGAUAAGAAAGUUAAAGGGGGUGGGGUAUAAGCAUAGGCAAAAAAGUAAGGGAAACAUAAGCAAAGUGGCCCAACUUGGGCACGGGAUGGAAGGGAAGGAGAUGGAGGAUACAGAAGGGAAGGAGGUGGACGGGACAGAGGGGAAGGAGGUGGACGGGACAGAGGGGAAGGAGGUGGACGGGAAGAAAGGGACGGAGAACUCUGAGCCCGAGGUGGACAACAAAAGCAUUAAAGUAGAGUCCACCGAAUCUGGUGAGACCCAUGCCAGUGACAAGCACCCCGAAACUGACCCUUAUGACGACCCCGACCCCGACCCCGGAGAGGGACCGUCCUCCCUAAUCCGAGACCCCAAGGCAGGAAUGAGUGAACCUAAACCGGGACCGAGCCAUAAGAUCAUUGACGAUGACGAAGAUGACAGCGAUGAUGAGGAUGAAGAUGAGGAUGAGGAUGAGGAUGAGGAUGAUGCCAACUUGUCCCUGGUAGUCUGGGAGCAGCCCCUCAAAGUGGGCAAGGAAGAGCCCAUGGACUACGAUGAUGACUGCAUGCCCGGACCCAGCCGAGGCAAGCCCCUGCACAAUUGGGACUCAGCCAGCGACUCGGAUUCUGAAACCUCAGCAGCCUCCUGUAGAAUUCAAGAACUUCAUGGCCCAGAUGAUGAUGAUGAGGAAGAAGAUGGCCAGGCUUGUGCACCAAAGCAGAAGAGCAUCUUCUGCUUUAAAAAGAAAGACAUACCUGCUGCUGAUGCACCCGCUCCAGCAGAUGAUAUGACUCUCAUUCUGCCUGAAAGUGUUGACCUACAGCCCUUUGGGAGGGUUUCAGGUAUUAUCGAAAAACUAGUGAUAAUUGAAUCUGUGACUGACCUACCACCAGUUUGUGAAGAUAGCAUGAUCUUUAAGAGCAAUCGACAUGCUGCUGGAAAGAUUUUUGAAAUCUUUGGGCCUGUUGCACAUCCCUUCUAUGUUCUGCGGUUCACUUGCAUGGAACAUAUCAAGAGAAAGGAUAUCAAAAUCCGGGACAUCAUGUAUUUUGCCCCCUCGAUCCAACACUUCACUCGCUACAUAUUCACAGACAGGAUUAGGGAUAGGGGUUCUGAUGCUUCUUGGAAGAAUGACCUAGAACCACCACCUGAAGCUGUUGAUUUCAGUGACGAUGAAAAAGAAAAAGCAGCUAAGAGCAAGAAGAAGUACUACGGACGGAAUCGGAAGAAGCAGAGGGCAGAGCAUAGGUCAAAGAGCAGAUCCAGCUACAGCAGAGAUGGUCGCAAGGGUUUCAGAUCAGAAUCCAGGCAUCUUGCCAUCCAGGAUGUUAGGCAGGAGGAGGCUCAGGAGGAGGCUCAGGAGGAGGCUCAGGAGGAGGCUCAGGAGGAAGUUCAGGAGGAGAAGCAGGAGGAGAAGCAGGAGGAGAAGCAGGAGGAGAAGCAGGAGACCAGGCAGGCUUCUCGCCAGGAGACUAGGCAGGCUUCUCGCCAGGAGGGUAGGCAGACUUCCCGCCAGGACACCAGAUUGGGUGCCCGGGAACGAACAACUACCCAGGAAAGCAGACAGGGUGCACACAGAGAUCAGAGGAAAGGUGGCCGACAGGAUCAGAGGAAAUCUAGCAGACAUGAUCACAGGCACUCCAACCGCCAUGAUCGCAGGCAGGAUCGCAGGCAGAUGGUCCAGCAUGAUCAUAGGCAGCUUCUCCAGCAGGAGUUCCGACGGGAAUACUGCCAGGAGUUUGGGGGUCAGGAAUAUGGCCAGGCAGAAUUUGGGCAGGUAGAGUAUGGGCAGCAGGAAUUCCCCCAGGAAUACCAGGAAUUCCCUCAGGAAUACCCACAGGAAUAUCAUGCUGCUGCCGCUGCCGCUGCCGCCACAGCUGCCACCGCUGCUGCUGAGUACAACCAGGAGUACAGACCUGCUGCUGAGUACCGGCCUGACUAUCAGAAUUUCGGUGCUUAUGGAGGAGAGGCACCUGUUCAUUGGUGCCCCCAGCCUCGAGAGGCUGGAAGGAGCUGCUACAGCAAACGCGAGUACCACCGAGAAUUCUCCCGGGGCAGACACCACAAGUCCAGCCACUCCAGGUCCCAGGCAGCGGGGCAGUUUUACAAUGCUGAGCACAGGUUGGCCCAGGAUGCCCCUCCCUCUCUGUUUGCUCCUCAGCCCAGGCAAGACAAUUCUCUCAUGCAGCCUUCCUAUCAGUUGGCCCCUCAGUACUUUGACAUGCCCCAUUACCAGGCUCACCCCUCUCAGCCUGUGGCUUGGUCUGGGCUGUCUCAGCAUGUGCACAAUGCACAUUAUCAGCACUUCCAGGGCCAUCACGCUAGGGGUGGUGGGCACUGCUCCCACUAUAGACCCUACUACUAGACAGAUCAUGUUUCAUGAGCUCACUACAGAAACAGAUGACAGAGCUCCUUAAAAAAACGUGAUUCCUUAGUCUAGUUACUAAAGAAAGCAAACUUGAUAAAGAUUAAAACACUUACUGUAAAAUAAUUCAUUAUUCAAUUGGCAAAUAUUUGUGAACUGUAAUGAUAGUGACAUAUGCUCUCCUAACAAAAAAUUAUAUCUCAGAUUGAAAAGAAAACUAAAAAUAAAAUCCAAAACAAAACUCUCUAACAACUUAAACUUUUAAGUUAUGUGUUAUUAUGUGUCACUUAACCCUUUGAUUAUAAUCCUAAAGAGUUUUUUUCCUUCCUCUCCCCCCAAAGUAUAGAUCUAAAUAGCAGAAAUAGACUACCUUUCAUCAGAGAUUAAACAGAUUUUCAUCAUGUUGAACCAUUGAUUGACUUGGAACAAUUGUGUUAAAUUCAGCAAAAUAAGAUUUUGAAGUCCCAUUGAGGAUAUGUGGGAAAAUAAAUAAAGUUUGUUUGUGUAUUUUAAACUAAAUAUACGUAUUUGGAAAUGGCUUUUGUAGAUCGAUCAUAAAAUUUUCAAAAAUCCUGAACCACAUUGAUUUUUAAAAUUUAGCAAAUGAAGAUGACAGAAGAAAAACCAUGCAUUCUUUGGCAAUUAAAGAUAACUAGGUAUUAUGGCUCAAAUACAGUGGCCGACAUAACUUGAUUUUAGGAUAAGUACAAGAAUCUUCAUCUUUACUAAGUUGGCCAGUCUUAAAAAAAAAAAAAUAAAAUAAAAUAAAAAAUAAAAAAAAAAAACUUCUAAGUGUGAAAUUGUGUAAUAUCCAUUCGUCAGUGAGAAUCUUUAUAAAAUUUACUUAUUUGGCUAUCUUCCAUUCAUUAAGCAUUCUUAUGAUAAAUAUUACUUUACCACACAUGUGAGGUAUAAAAUCAGAGGCUUUAAUAGUAGUCAGAACCAGUCUGGGCUUCAGGUUCCUCAGACUGAAAAUGACAGUCAGACUUGAGAGGUAAUUGAUAAGGCCCCUCAAGAUUUGUGAGAGCCCUCACAGGACCAUCUAGGACAUGCUCUCAUUUUACCAAUGUUAAAACUGGCUCUGGAAGGUUAAAUGACUUGCCCAAGGUCACACAGGUAGUACAACAUCUAUGCAAACAAACUUACAAACAAAAAUUAAAUCUGACAAGAAACCACAGUCCAAAUAGUACUACCUAUGUGACUUUGGACAAGUCAGUUAAUUUUUCUGAGUCUCAUUUGUGAAAUGAGAUUGCAGAUAGGUAGUUUCUGGCCAGCUCUAGAUCCGAGAUCCUAAUGGAGCUUCAUGAAUUAUCUAUCUGGUCUAGUCCUCUCAUUUUAGAGUUGAAGAAUCUGUAACCCAGACAGGCUGUGACUAGUGCUUUCUUGAAGGUUCAUUGCAUUAGCAAUUCUAAUUCUAAAUUCUAUGGGAAAAAAAUGUGUUCUUAGCAGAAUUACUUUUAUCUCCAUCCACCCCCAAUUGAAAGGAAAUGAUUAGAGCAUAGUACAGUUGAUCUUCUACCAAAUAAUUUAUCUUGGGGAAAAAUAACUCGAGAUCUGCCAUUCAUUCACAGUGUAUGUAGAUACUCCAUUCAUUGGAACCAUUGGAUACUAAAAAGACAGACUAAAAUUUGGCAUAGCUUAUCUACGGUAACCUUUUUUUUCUUUCAUCAUUGGAUCUGAAAUAAGAAUACUUUUUCUUAUAAUGAGUCCAGCCAUGUAAUGCCAUUGUCCUAAAUUUGAAUAGACUUGUUUUAAAUCAGUUUUUACAGACCAUUUCUAUGAUAAUGAAAUUUAAAAGUUCCACAAGGAAUUUUUGAAAACCCUGUACAAGACCAUAUUACUAAAAUGUUAGUCAAAUAAAAUCUGGCAAAUAUUUUCUUUUAAAACAUGAGUUAUGGGUUCAUAGAUCUGGAAAAUUUAUGCUGAAAGUGGCUGAAUGUAGCCAGUUUGAAUCCUUGCAGGGUAAAUGCACAGCUAUAAAGGUAAGUAAAUCAUUUUUUACAUUAUCCGUGAAGGCAGCAAAGUAGUAGCCGAAUUGUGCUUUCAGGUGAAUGUUGUUUUUCCAUACAUUGAUCUACAAAACAUAUAUAUAUAUAUGUAUAUAUAUCUGUUAAUUGUUUAUAUAUCUUGGAUACCAAACUCUUAUCAGAAAAAUUUGAUGCAAGAUUUUUUCCCCAUUCAACUACUUCUCCCCUAAUCCCAGAUGUACAGUGCAUCUUCAUUUACAAGUAUACAACAUUUCACUUGGCAUUCCUAAUAGAAUUUACUUCACAACUUGGUCUAUAGCACAGGUGAAAAGGAAUAAACAAGAAAAAUGUAAAAGUUAAAAAAAAUUAGUGGAUUGAUCUUGGAUAGUUAGAGGUUAACCAUGUAAGAUACUUUCAUUUGUAUUCUAUUAAUUAAAAAGAGACCUUCUUACUCCUACCAAGUCCCAUCUUUAAGAGAAAACUUGAUGAGGUGAGAUUAUCCUGAGGCAAAUCAAAUUGUUGGUUGAGUCUUUAUGGAAUUAAUCAUACUUUACAGGAUCCAACAUUUAAUGAAUCAAACGAAAUCAUUUAAGAACCCAUAUGCACAUGGGACAUGAAUUUUAAAAAAUCUAACAGGAGAGCUCAAGGUCUAUGAUUAAAUUUAAAAUCUGACAAUUCACAAGUAAUACUUCUUAGACAUCCCCUCCCUUUGAGAAAUUCACAAAUAUUAUAUAUUGUUUAUUUUAAAAGGCUUUUAUCCUUUUUGGAUUCUUUUCUAUUCACUGUACCAUCAUUAAAAAAAUUUUUUUUAGAACAUGCCAUGGGAAAGAGUAUAUCCUUAAGGUGGUACUACAGCGUGCUAAAUGCUUAAUGUCAUCAGAGCAUUGUGAGAGGCGAGGCAAGUCAUCUUGUACCUCUCUAAGCCUCUAGUUUCCUCAUCCUUAAGAUGGGGAUACUAAUACCUGUAGUACUUACCUCACAGGGUUGUUGUGAGGGUCCAAAGAUUACAUAAGCGCAAUUAAAAUCUUACUAUCAUAAAGUGUUACACAAUGGCUAAUUAACUAAAAGUCUAUAUUAAAUAUUCUUCACGCUGCAGUGGGAAGACAGUUAAAUGGCAUGCCAUGCAUACAUAUUUCCAAUUGUAAUUCCCUAAAAUGUAAGGAGGUCCUAUAGUUCCGUUGAUUCCUAAGCAGUUAGAAUAAAAUUUUAUUAAUAAUUAUCAGUUCUAAUUUUAAUCAAAUGCAUACCACUCCAUCACUCUUCUAGUUUAGUUCAUGUAUUUUUUUUUGAACACUACCAUGUAUGAUUAUUUUCCAGUAAAAUUGAAAAACCUUUAAAAUCACAGCAAAACAAAUUGAGACUUAACAGUGAUUUCCUCAAUACUCUCCCUUAAUGAUUGAAAUCAUAUCAAUAUAUAACUUCAAUUUAAUCUAAUUAAGUGUAUUUCCUAACCUGUACCAGUUUAUUUAACGCCUUUUAAAAUGGAUGGUCAGUUGAACUUCUUAGCAACUAUACUCUUGCAUGUUAUAGAAUUAGGGGCAUCUUGGUUUAUGUGUUGAGUAUCAUAGCUGCCAACUUUUUGACUGUUUAUGAGGUUGAGUGGAUGCUGGAUCAGAAAUAUCUGUAUUGGAAAAACAAUAUUUUAUCUGGUUCAAACAAACAAACAAAACCUAUCAAAAGUUAAUCUAACCAGCAGGUCCCUUAUUCCUGAAAGGGGGCUCUGAUUCCAAACUCUAAGAUAAAUAAAAUGACCUUAGAAAUGUUUACACUGUGAACAAAUCUUAGCAGAAUCAGGAUAGUUGAGAUUUGGUUGCAUAUAAUAUUAGAACAAAAUACUAAGUAUGAGCAAGUACUAGAGAUGUAGAUGCGCAUACCAGAGGGAAAAGGAAAUACAAAAUCAGAAUAGUAUUCCAUGAUCAAAUUUUCUUUUGAAGUAAAUGUGACAUGUGUGAACUCAGAAGAAUAAAAACCAAGUUAUUCUGUUGCUUAUGUGAUAACCUCUCUCAUAACACUGUUUUUUUUUUGUUGUUGUUUGUUUGUUUGUUUAUUUGUUUUGUGGAGACAGAUGCCAUACCAAACAGAAAGAUGAUCUUAGGAUCAUAGGCAAGUCAGAUACUAAUGGAGAAAAACAUACAAAAAACAAGCCCAAAGCAAAAAAUCUGCUUGUUAGCAUAGAACCCCAAUUAAAGAGUGAUAGAUAGGUGAAGGUGGUCUCUAACAAGUUUGGGGAAAGAAAACUCUAAAGGGUUCUUAAUAGUCCUCUGGCAUGAAUGUGCUUUAUUCUACAUCCCACUGCUAUUGUUAAGAUAGACUUGCCUGCACUGUCGAACAAUAUCACUUCUAAGAGAUGGUUUGACAUCGUUAAGUUCACAUAUACAGAUUGUGAUGAAUGUUGCUACCCAUUCAAAGCUAAGCGAUUUUUAUUUAACGUAUAAUUUUCUUUUUGGCCAAAUGUAAAUACCAACAUUACAAUAUUAAGUAUGUUGUAGAGUAUAUGUAAUCAAAUGAAUUUUAAUAAUAUUUAAAAGUUAAAGAAAAUAGCUAGGCAUUAAUUUGAUCAAUACUGUCAAGUUUUGUAUGUUUGUAAAUAUAUUGAAUCAGAAAAAUGCAUAAUACCACAAUCCCGGGUACAGUCGUUUUUUUCAUAGAUGGCAGCCACUCAGCCAUAUUCAGUUAGUGUGACUUAUAUCCACUUGAUUAGAAGCUUUUAAGUGACUGGCUGUGUGAUUUCUAAAGUGGUCAGGAAAACUUUGCAUGUAAGUAUACAGAUGCCUCUAGUUCAGAUGAAACAUCAGUCUGCUGCUGAGGAAUAGAGUUCAGUUGAAUGCUUGGACCCAAUAUCUUAUUGUUAGUGUAAACUUUCCAUAUUCUUAAUACGUACCCACAGUCAAAGCCAAUCAAUUAUAUAGCAAUGAAUCUAAUGCCUCACUGUACCAAUUUUAGAAGUAUUCUUUAAUAUUCAUCGACAUAUUCAGUUUCCUAGCAUCUGUGGUGUCUUAAUUUCAUUAGUUUGAUGAUUAUAAAAGGGGAGACUUUAAAUCGAGAAGCAAAUUAAUGUUCUACUUAUGUAAUUAUUCUACAUCAUACUUAGAAAAAUAUUUAUAGGUAUUGUCUUACUUUAUUGCCAAAGAUUGCACAGAUUUAGAUCUCUAGAACAAAUAAAAAAUGUUAAGAAUUCUAAAAUGAAAGCAUUAUCUGUAAAAUUAAGUUUACGCCCAAAGAAAAAAAUAUACAAAUAAAGAAAUCCAAAUUUUGUUUAAAAGUCUGCUGAUCAAAAAGCUUUUCUGAAUCCUGAUAAAUUAUAUUCUUAAGUAGAUGUAACACUGACACAGCUAUUGGGUUUUUUCCUCAUUCCUCCUUUCUUGUCCUUUAAAUCUGAUGUUAGACAAAUGUCACAUGCAUAAAAAGUUAUUCUUAGGAAUUUGCCUGUCAAAUAAAAUGUUUGAAUAUAUAUCAAAACUAUUUACCUCAGAAAUAUUUUACAGUAAGUUUUUUUCCCCUUCGAAUCUACAUUUUGUCAAGGCCCGCCCCAAACCUACUUUCUUUAUCAGGCCUUUUCUAACUAUUAAAAAAGGACAAUUAUGCAAACUCAUAAUACACUUUUCACACUGUUCCUCUUUUACUUAAGGGUAUGCUGCUUCACAAGGAUUUAUUCAUUGUUCUGAGUUGUAAUUUAAUCUUUUAUGUAUGUGUGUAUCUUUUUUCCCCAACUAGAUUUUAAACUACUUGAGGGUCAGGACCAGACAUGUACUUCUCUAUAUAACCUCACAGCACCUAAAUUGGUACUAAAUAUACUAACCCUUCCAUGAAAUUUAUUGGCUAAUUCUAACAUUUUUGUGAUCUCAAACUCUAAAAGAUUUGCAUUGGUGCUGAGAGGUUGUACAAAGGCUUUAUAAUCAUCCAUUCACAGAAGGUGGCUGUGUGCAAGAGAUUGUGAGAGAGAGAAUCAGUGAGUAUCUUCCUGGGUGCUCCCUUUGGGCCGUUUUGCUCCUUCUAACAACAUUGCUAGGCAACUAGGAUCCCAGAUGCAGAUUGCUUACUUCAUUUUUUAAUGGAGUCUACUUGUCCUGUUGAAUGGGAAAGUGAAGUAGUGGGCUGGACUAGAAUUUUCUGACAACAAGAUUCUCUGAAGUAGAGGGAUGCAUUUAAAGGAAACAUGGUUAGUGUCUUGAAUACAAAAGAAAAAAAUUGAGUUGAAUUAUAUUUUAAACCAUUUUCCUAUUUUAUGGAACCUCUAGCAGUUGAUUUGAGGCAGAGUAACUCGGGCCUAUGUCUCAUAUACUGCUAGUCCAAAUUAGAGCUCUGAAAUAUGUUUGUUUUUUUUUUUUUUUGUAAUUUUCAAAUAAUUAUGGAGUGUCCUUUUCCCCAAAGACUUCAAAUCAAUUUUCAGAUGUCCCAUUCUCAUAACUAAAUGAGAUCAGUGGGUGUCAAGUCUUAGACAUUCAAUUUUCCUUAGCAUCAUGUCUAAGAAUUUCCUUUGGGAACAUACUGAAGUGGAGGUCCUUGUAGAGGAGCAAAGAGUGAAGAUCGCUGAGUGAAGCAAAAGCUCUCUCAAAUCACUUAGCACCUCUCAGGGCCUCAGGGUCCUAUGAAAUUGGCACAAUGUUAAUGUGUCAAAUGUAAAUUGUGUAUCUGUAAAAGAAGGGUCUAUGGUCCCUUCAUGUGAUAAUAAUGUGUAUUUCUGUGAUGUGUAAUACUGUAAAAAUGCCAAAAACAAACAAACAAAAAAAAAAAAACUGUGAGUAAAUGUAGUUCUUUAAGUAUGCCCAAAAAAAAACAAAAAAUAAAAAACAAACAAAAAAAAAAAACAACCCCCAAACCCUCUAUAUCUUUACCUUCAAUGUUCUUGUUAAGCGCCAGUAGUUUUAAGUGAUUCUUAGAUUGUCUUUCUAGAUCGUCAGUAGCUACUUAAUACAUUUUUGGCGCUACAUAAAUCUUUAAACUGAUACUAAUACCUAUGUUAAAUGUAUCUUUCUCUAUUUGAUGUUAUUUCUCUUUUUAAUUAUAGAAUAAGUAACUGUAGAGUAAAACUAUAGAGUAAAACUCUAUGAAACUCUAGAGUUAAAAAUCAUUUGGGGCUAAGGGCUACAUCGCGAUUGGUGCUGGUGAAAUUUGUGCCGUAAACGACUUAGUUAUCCAACUAAGUUAUCGUCCCCGUAAAUCUGUUGUGGCGUGCCGUAACACAAUUAUAUUAUGCAUGUAUAUGUUGAGAUCUUAAAUGUUUAUCAAUGUUUAAAUGUUAAAUAAAUGUUCAAAUAAAUGUUCACAAAAUCAAUGAAA